AUGCCCCAUACAGAUUCUGAAGCCUCACGCGAGGCAGAGAGGCAGGCGAGACACCAACAUUCUGCUAGUGUUGACCAGCGGUCGCGGGCCCUUGUUCCCAUGUGGGACAGCUCCGACCCAGAGCGUGCGCCGCCGCCUCUGCCACUUAACCCACAAUCCCCCAAACUCACUUCGCGUACCGGCACCUCGAGCGCUAUCCAGAACGCCCAUGCUGCUCUCAACGAGCGAGCCCGCGAGAGCGCCAACACCCACAGCUCCGGCCGACGCCUAGACGGCUCCCCGGAGAGAGCGCUUGUCAAAGGCGGAACCCAUCGGCGCAUGCAAUCGCUGCAGCCCGGCAGUGUACGCGAUCUUAGUUGGAUGAUUGAGCAGGGCUCGAGCCGUCCUUGCACACCGACCGAGUCCGUUGCUUCCUCGGUACCGUCCGCCCCCGGCCCCAGCUUAACGCCGAUUGUUCGACCUGCUCCUCGUCGCCACGCGACCCAGAGCAUCCUGGGUGAAAACACACCACCUCCUUCAUCUACUAUGCUUGCUCUGCAAAGCAUGUCCUCUCAAUCCUCUCUCAGAGAGGGCGAGCCUCUAUCAAAUGUCACAAAUGGCGCUACGGCACCAGAAAAGCCCCAGAGCUCUCUGGAUGGCUUGUCAAUCCAGCUUCUCAGCUUGACAAACAUUGCUAGCUCCCUGCAAAAGGAGAUGGCUGCUCUGACUCGACGAAGCAGAGACAAUGCCACGGAUCUUCUUAGUCUCAAGGAAGCUACCACUACCAGAGACGAGGAUAUUCGCAAGAGCAUACGCGAUUUGGUUGGUCGGGUCGAUGACCAAACCAGCCGCCUUUCCAUCACCUCGCUCAACAACCUCCUGCUCGACAACAAACCUCACCCCACCUCUCCUCCAAGUCGAUCAAUUCACCUGCCCAGAAUACCAUCUCCGAAGAGCUUUGCCGACUCCAUCGAUCGCGGAUCGGUUAGCACCCCCUCACUUACCGGAGGCGAGGCUUCUGCCUCUGUCAUUCUCCUCGAAAGGAUUCUCCGUGGACUUGGCACAGCCGAUGGCGAAGAUUCUCUUGUUGGCUUGCUUGUGCAGCUCUCACAUAAGCUCUCCGGCCUGGCAACCUCGACCAAAGUUGAUGAGCUGGCUCAAUAUGUCCGUCAUCAGACCGAAAAUGCGCUCGUACAAUCUGCGGCAAAUAACACUCGACCCAUAAGCUCUGGUGGUCUGGAACUCGAUCUUCCUCGUGGUCCCAUGUCACAGCGCGUGGAGCAUCUUUUACAAAACAUCGACAGCCGUCGCUCAUCCGCUCCGAGUACCCGAGGUGCCGAGUUGUUGAACGACGAUCUUCUCAAUAUCAUUCGCUCCGUCAAAGACAGCGUUGCGCAAGGCGGUGGACUUACGGCUGAGGUUAAGGCAUUGGUACGUGAGCUACGCGGCGAGGUUCUCGGUAUGGGACGAGAAAUUGCCAAACGCCUGGAGACCAUGGACUCCGCACCACGCGGAGAGGAAGAGCCUGACCACGAGAGGAAAGAUGAGGUAUCACGUGUCAUUGACCAAGGUCUGCUGCAAAUGAAGGAGCAGCUCAACAACGUCCUCCGCGAGCACCGACGACAGUCUGCAUCUUCUUCUUCGUCUCAGAAGACAGUAGUUGACUACCAAGAAAUUUACAAUGCAAUGCGUGCUGCCCUUCGGGAUAACGAGGCGACUCGUGGCGAUGUGCCGGAUCUCAGCCGCGAGGAUGUUAUCGAAGCUGUGCGCGAUGCUUGGGAGGCUUACAAGCCAGAGGUCGAUGUCGAGAAGUCUGCUCUGGAGCGCGAGGAUAUCAUGGCUUGCCUGAAGGAAGGUCUUCAGGACUAUCAGCCUCAGGACGAGCGCCCUCCUACUGCGACAAGAGAUGAAGUCUUUACGGCAGUUGUGGAAGGCCUCAAGCACUUCGUGCCUCCUCAAAUGGACACCCCGGCUUCUUUAUCCCGAGAUGAGAUAAUCGAGGCUGUGCGAGACUGUCUGGAGGAGUUUGAGUUCCCAGUGGCUGCUGCUGCCAUUGGCAACGGCAGCGAUAUGACGCACCAGGAUGUUGUCCACGCUGUCAAGGAAGGGCUUAGCGGGUUCGAGGUUCCCCGAGGUGGUAAUCUGUCCAGCGAGAGUAACGACGAGAUCAUGUGCCGCCUCCAAGACAUUAUGGAGUACAUGAAACUGGAGUUUAGAGCCGUCUCAGAGGAGGCAAAGGACAACGUUGCCGCCAACGGACGCGAUACUGAGCAAGUUCUUGAUGCGACCAAAGAUGGCCUCGAGAACCUACGUGCUUCCAUCGAAAGUUAUGUUGACCGCGUCUCUGGUGAAUCAGACAAUCAACAAUUUAUGGACACCCUUGCGCGAACAAUGGAGGAGUUCAAGGAGGACAUCGGUAGACUUGUCUCUGAGGCCAAUGAUAGCUCCCGAAGUGAGCUCCAGAGCGAACUGGAAGGCAUUCGUGAGAUUGUUAAUACGUCGAUGGUUCCAGCUACUCUCACCCCCCCAGGAUCCAACAAAGAGCUUAUGGAAGCCCUUCAAAACGGCAUCAACGGCCUUCGUCAAGACAUUCACCGGCCACGUGCCGACACUAGCGAGAUUUUGGAUGCCAUCAAUGAUGGUCUAAAUGACUUGCGUGCAGGUAUCGACCGUGUCACCCACAAGCCCGCGGAUCUGACCGCGAAUGAUGAGAUUUUGGAUGCUCUUAAGGCAGGCCUGGACUCCGUUCGAUCCGAUAUUGAGACACUGCGCGACAGCAGCAGUGAGCGUGCAGUUGCCGCCGUCCCGCGAGAAGAGGAAGAUCACACCAAAGCCAUCAUUCCUGUCGACACGGCCAAGCAGGAUGAUAUCAAGAACCUCGAGGUCCUGAUUACCCAGCUGCGCAUCAAGGUGGAAGCCAUGGAGCCGGACGCAGAGACUGUCCAUAAGGAGGACAUUGCUCGCUUGGAAGACAUGCUCCGCAACGUACAAGAGGGCGUAGACAACAUCCAUGCCCAAGAGGGCGCCUCCUCUGCUAGAGCCGUUGGCGAAGAGGAAUCGACCGCUGCUAAUGGCGAUGCUGCCACCAAGGACGACGUGGUUGCUAUUGAGACUAUUCUCCGAAACACAAAGGAUCGUCUCGAUGACUUGAUUGAGGGGGAUCAAGCUGUCCGAAAGGAGCACAUCGAUGCCAUCUCUGCGAUGAUGAACGAGCAUAAAGAUACUAUUGGCGCAUUUUCUGGCCAUUUCGAAGGCAUCUCUCGCAGGGAAGACGUGGCCAACUUGGAGGAACUUAUAGCUCAAGUCAUCAUUGGCAUCGAUGACCUCAAGCAAACUUCCCCCAAGGAUGCUGAAACCGACGAAAGCGUCAAAAAGUCUGACGUUGAAGCUAUCGAAGCCCGCGUCCUCGAAAUCAAGUCUGCUCUUGACGGCCUUUCAGAUAUGGACUUUGCUGCCAUUUCAAACAAAGAGGACGUGUCCGGCCUGGAGGCUCUCAUCAAGGAGGCCAAGGAGAAGCUCGACGAAUACGCUGAAACCUCUACAAAGGCCUUGGAGGAACGUCAGGCUGAGAUCGUUGGAGUUGGCGAGAGAGUAUCCGAUGUCAAAACCUUUUUGGAGGAGUUUCAAGAGGCUAUUCAGACCAAGCUCGACGACGGCGCCACUGGCGUUGAGGCUCUUGGCAAGGUUCUCGAGACAAUUGGCGAGAAGAUUGACAAGAACGAAAAUGUCGGCGAUGAUCUUAAGGAAAUGUUCGAUACGAUGAAGUCCGAGUUUGAGAUUUCCAAAGAAGUCGUCGCUGGCGCUAGACUGGAAUCCGACGAGAAGCUCCAAGAAACCGCCGAUGGUAUUGCCUCCAAGGUUGACGAAAAGAUUGGCGAGCUCAUUGCCAAGUACGACGACUACCAGGCUCAGCUUGAGGAGAAAACGAAGGCUGGGGAGGAGCGAAAUGUCGAAAUUGAAGCAGCGAUCGUGUCGACCAAGACAGUUUCCGAAGAGCUGAAGCUUUUGGUAGACACACUCGGCUCUGCAGUCACGGAAUCGUUGGAAAAGGUGGAAGAAGCUUCGAAGACUGUCUUUGAGAAGGUCGAUGAGCUUGCUUCCAAGUCUGGUGAAAUGGAAGCGGGCGAUAAAGAUGAGCACCAGCAGACUCGCGACCAGGUACAAGCCGCUGUAUCUGCUGUCGAGGGCCUGCAAGGUGAACUGAAGGAGUACCAACCUCAGAUUCUCGAGGCUGUGAAGGACAUCCUUCUCCUGGUUGGUGAGCACUACGAGCACUCGAAAUCGUCUGUCAGCGAUAUUCAAGAAAAGAUCGUGGAAGUGAAGCCUUUUGACCAGGCUAUGCUUCCUCCUCCUCCUGAGAAGUAUGACGAUUCCGAGGUGAAGGAAAAGCUCAGCGUGCUCGCCGACCAGAAAUACGACGACUCCGAGAUUCGUGAGAAGCUCGACCGCCUGGCUGAGCAAAAGUUUGAUGAUUCUGCUCUCCAUGAGAAGCUGGAUAGACUGACCGACCACCACGCAUCCACUGUUGCCGCCUUUGCGCAGCUCGAGACUCUGGAAAAGGUUCACAAAACUGUGAAUGACAAUGCGGCCCAACUAUCCGAGUACCUCGCGAACCAGACACAACGUAUCGCGGACGAUCACGAAGACCGCGAAAAGACUCUCCAGGAUACUUGUCUUGCCCUCGAACGAAAACUCGCCGAGCAGGAGCACCUUACUGCCUCAGUUGCCAGCCUGCAGCAAGAGGAGGACAGAAUGAAGCAGAGCGUUCUCGGCUUGCGUACUGAACAGGAGAGCUUGAUCCGUCAGCGCACGCGCCUCACUGGAGAUGUCUCAUCUCUUGAAACCGCUCUGCGUCUCCGCAAGGAAGAGCUGGCCGAAAUGGAAGCCAGAGCAGAGCGUCUGGAGCGCCGUAUCGUCGAAGGUGUCAUGGACCACUCUCGAGUGCUUCUUAUGAACAAGAGCGCUUCUAGUGGCCGCGACAAUAUGGACAGGAAGAGGGUCAGGAAGCCAGCAGCUGUCGAGGGCGAGGCUAAGCCGUCACCGCGACCAGCUGCCGUCAACAUGGCGCUGUCCACACGACGCAGCCUUGCCCCCUCGACACCAAACGGAGCUGGGCGACGUAUUGCAUCGCUCAGCCAGAUGACACCCAGCAAUUCCUCUUCGUCUAUCAAGAGAAGCCAGAGUGUGCGGACGCCUGCUGGCGGGUCCACCCACAGGAAGAGAAGCUGGGGUGGUGGUCUGGGCAAGGGCUUUGGCAUCGAAGACAAGGAGAAUGUACGCGUCGACGAGACUCUCGAGGAGGUUUCCGAGGUUGGCAGUAGAGCUGUCUCCCGAGAACUGGCCUUGCAAGGACGCAACAGUUUUGCUGGCACGGAGCUGUCAUCACUGCUGGACUCGGCGCGAGAAGAGGAUGAAGACGAGACAGAAGACGGGCACAGCGACGCGGAUACGAUGCGAAGAACCAGCGGCGGCACGACGAUUGUAUCGGGCAGUGACCGGUAUACUGAGUCGGACAUGUACAGCGACUACUCGGACACGGCGAGUGAAUGGACUUCACUUGUCAAUGGCGAGAGGAGCUCGAUUGGAGCCGCGGAGGGGAACGAGCUGACGCUUCACAAUGAGGCCAGCUGA